CAACUCAUUUAUCACUUAUUGCAACGUUCUUCCACAUUCGUAUCAGAUUUGUCAACUCUCAAGGAAAAAUGUAAAUAUAACCCGAAGCCUCUUAAAAAUCAAACAAUAUCUGCAGUAAUUAUGGAAUUCCUGCACGAAUCAAUCGCGCUUGGUGUUGAUUUAUUAAUAUUAGGACUGUGUGUAAAGGAAUAUGUUAGCUACAAGAAAAACGUAAACUGUCUCAAGGCUGCGCCACAACUAGCUAUUGAUGGUGAUCUCAAGAAAUAUGUGGGUGCACAAAAGGAUAAAAAGAUACCCUAUGCGGUGGUGCGCGGCACGGUCACACCAAUCGGUGUGCCCAUGCGCAGUGUUAUGUCGCCAUCUGUAACUGGUGUGUUGCAAGUAAUCAAACUGAGUGAACACCGCGUAACGCGCGGUUUUGCUGGUUUCUGGACCGAGCAACGCAAACUAAUACAUGUGUCGUCGAAUGAAAUGCCCUUUGAGUUGCGCAACAACGAGAGUAGCGUCGAAAUCAUUGAUGCGCUCAGCGCUGCCGUACUAGAUUUGGAUGUUGUGUAUGACAAUUAUGAGCCAUCGUCACUUUCGUUUUUCGAUCAUGUUUUCGGCUUCUUCUCUGGUGUUAGACAAAAAGGUUUGCAGACAACGGAAGAAGUGCUGCGCGAUGGUAGUUUCAUUACAGCUAUCGGUGAAUUGGAGUUAGAUGGUAAAACAUUACGUUUGCAACCAUCGCCGGUGGGUCCACUCUUUUUAACUACAGCGACCAAAUCGACAUUGAUUAAGAAAUUCGAAGAGGCUAAAUCAUCCAUGCUCGUUAAAAUCUUCGUCUGUGGCACAGUCUCAGCUAUUUUAAUUGGCUACAUAGUUCGUAAGCUGUACAAUAAAAAGAAGCAAGAACGUGAUGAACGAAAAAUCAAAGAAACGCUAGAAAAGGAGCGACGUGAGCGGCGCGCACGCACGCGUCCACUUAAUCUUACCACCGAACAAUUGUGUGUGGUCUGCUCAACGAAUCCCAAAGAGGUCAUAAUAUUGCCAUGUGGACAUGUGUGCAUCUGUGAAGACUGCUCCGAGAAGAUACGUGUUACUUGCCCUGUGUGCCGUGGUAAAAUCGCGACAAAGGCAGCAGCUUUUAUCGCUUAAUAUGACAAAUCAAG